AUGUCUUACCUUCCUCCCUUCUUGGCGCGUCUCGCUCGCCCCUUCACACAAUCUACACGCCUCUCAAUCGCUCCCGAUCAAUCCGCCGCAUCUGUCAUCCCUGAGGGCGCUCAGCGAUGCACCGUCGCCGCGGGAUGUUUUUGGGGAACAGAGCAUUUGUAUCGCAGACACUUUGCCGAUAAGGGUCUGAUCGAUGCAAAGGUUGGAUACAUUGGUGGCGAUCUCGAUAACCCUAGCUACCGCGCUGUCUGUGGCGGGAAGACAGGCCACGCCGAGGCCGCGCAAAUCAUCUUCGACCCUACAAAGGUCACAUACGCACAACUCCUAGAAUUCUUCUACAAGACACACGACCCCACGACGCUGAACCGCCAGGGUCCCGAUACCGGCCCUCAGUACCGCUCUGCUAUUUACUUCCACAACGAGGAGCAAGAGAAGAUUGCGCGCGAGGUCACAGAAAAGGCCAACAAGCAAUGGUGGAAGGGCGGCAUCGUUACCGAAAUUGCGCCCGCUGGAAAGUGGUGGACUGCUGAGGAGUAUCACCAGCUCUACCUCCACAACAACCCCUCUGGAUAUGAGUGCCCGAGCCACUUUUUGAGACCAUUCCCACCUCUCGAGUAA